UCUAGCUUGGCACGUGACUAUGGCCAGACCAGAAAUGAUGGCUCCCAUUUGUCUGGUGGAAAACUUCAAGGAGCAGCUGUCUGUGAACCAGAAAGCCAUCGAGAUCCUGGACACGAUUUCGCAGCCAGUGGUAGUCGUGGCCAUUGUUGGAUUGUAUCGAACAGGGAAGUCCUACCUGAUGAACCGUCUGGCAGGACAGAAUCACGGCUUCCCUCUGGGCUCCACGGUGCAGUCUGAGACCAAGGGCAUCUGGAUGUGGUGUGUGCCACAUCCCACCAAGCCAAAGCACACCCUGGUCCUCCUGGACACCGAAGGCCUGGGGGACGUGGAAAAGGGUGACCCGAAGAAUGACUCGUGGAUCUUCGCCCUAGCUGUGCUUCUGAGCAGCACCUUCGUCUACAACAGCAUGAGCACCAUCAACCACCAGGCCCUGGAGCAGCUGCAUUAUGUCACAGAACUCACCGAGCUGAUCAGGGCAAAGUCUUCCCCAAAUCCUGAUGGAAUAAAGAAUUCUUCAGAGUUUGUGAGUUUCUUUCCAGACUUCAUCUGGACUGUUCGAGAUUUCAUGCUGCAGCUGAAGUUAAAUGGAGAAGACAUCACGGAGGAUCAGUACCUGGAGAAUGCACUGAAGCUGAUCCCAGGCAACAAUCCCAGAGUCCAAGCAUCCAAUUUGCCCAGGGAGUGCAUCCGACAUUUCUUUCCUAAACGGAAAUGUUUUGUCUUUGACCGGCCAACGGAUGACAAAGAACUGUUACAAAAAAUUGAGACUAUCUCAGAAGACCAGCUGGAUCCUAAGUUCCAGGAACAAACAAGGGCUUUUGUUUCUUACGUCUUCACCUAUGCAAAGAUCAAGACCCUCAGAGAGGGAAUUACGGUCACUGGGAACCGACUGGGGACUCUGGUGACGACCUACGUGGAUGCCAUUAACAGUGGAGCUGUGCCUUGUCUGGAUGAUGCAGUGACAACUCUGGCCCAGCGUGAGAACUCAGCAGCUGUGCAGAAGGCAGCUGACCACUACUGUGAGCAAAUGGUCCAGCGACUGAGGCUCCCCACAGACACGCUCCAGGAGCUGCUGGGUGUGCACACAGCCUGUGAGAAGGAAGCCAUUGCUGUCUUCAUGGAGCACUCCUUCAAGGACGAAAACCAGCAAUUCCAGAAGAUGUUGCUGGAAUUAAUAGAUGAGAAGAAAAGGAUUUCCAUGUUGAAGAACGAAGAAGCAUCAGAUAAAUACUGCCAGGAAGAACUGAGUCGACUUUCAAAGGCUUUGGUGGAAAAUAUUUCAAUGUUUUCUGCUCCUGGAGGACACAGGCUCUACAUGGAAAUGAGGGAAAAGGUUGAACGUGACUAUUGGCAGGUGCCUAGGAAAGGGGUUAAGGCAAGUGAAGUCUUCCAGAGCUUUCUGCAGUCACAGGCCAUCAUUGAAAGUUCCAUCCUGCAGGCAGAUACAGCCCUCACUGCUGGGGAGAAGGCCAUUGCAGAGGAGCGGGCCCAGAAGGAGGCGGCUGAGAAGGAACAGGAGCUGCUAAGACAAAAGCAGAAGGAGCAGCAGCAACUGAUGGAGGCUCAGGAGAGAAGUCACAAGGAAAACCUAGAGCAACUGAGAACGAAGCUGGUGCAGGAGAGAGAGCAGCUCAUCAAAGACCACAAGACGAUGCUGGAGAAGCAGCUGCAGAAUCAGAAGGCUUUGCUUGAAGAAGGAUUUAAGAAGAAAGCUGAGGAAAUGAAUGGAGAAAUACAGCGAUUGAGACAUAACGUCGAGGAUAUGAAAAAAAACAGUGGUUCCAUUUUGGACAAAAUUCUAGGAGGAUUUGCUACAGUGAUUAGUGCUCCUGCUUUAUUGAUUACAGAGGCUGUAAGAGGCAUUGCUUCACUAUUUAAAUAGAAUUCACUCUUCUUCUGAUGUAAUGAUAGAUUGUGAAUAUCUACUUUGUCUUUUUGUUUUGAAGCUUCGUGUUUUCAUUUUCAUUCAGCAAAUUUAAACAUAAAAAGUGCUUAUUAGAGGACAUCUAUGCCUGCACCACAGUAGACAGAACAUAUGUAUACAUGUUUGCACAGACAAUGUUUGCUUUUAGGGAACAAAUUUUUUUAAACCAUUCAUAUGUAAGCUAUGUAAUUAGUCAUUAUAUAUGGUGACAGUUACUGUUGGUCAACUUGACUGGAUAUAGAAUCAUCCAGGGGACAAGCUCUUCUGCAUCCUGUGAAGACUCUCUCAGCUAGGUUAGUUUGUGGGAGAUCACAAGCUCUUCUGCACCCUAUGAGGACCAUCUCCACUAGGUUAGCUUGUGGGGGAUCACAAUCUCCUCUGUACCCUAUGAGGACCAUCUCAACUGGGUUAGUUUGUGGGGGAUCAUCUCAAGUGACUAUGGUAGGGAACCCACCUGAAGUGUGGGCACCACUGUUCCUGUGGACUGGGGACCUAGUUAAAAGGUGAGAGAAAGCUGGGCACUAACGUCCACCACUUGUGGCUUCCUCACUGUGGAUGCCAUGUGAUCAGCCAGCCUCCACUUCUUUCAGCAUGCCUUCUCCAACAUGCUCAAUGUAUCAUCUGGAACCAUGAACCAGAACAAACCAUUUCUUUCUUAUCUUGCUUUUGUUGGGGUGUUUUGUCACAACAAGAAGAAAAGACAUUGAUAUUGUCAUAAUGGUGAUACAUUAGGAAACUACUUAAACAUCGUUGAAUCAGAUUGAUAACUAAUUUUAAUAUGUCUGGAUCCUAGAUUACUAUAUAGUCAAGAAACAAAUGUCAGUCAAGCUUUCUGUAUACUAAUGUAAAUUGAGCUUAAAGAUUCCUUAUAAAAUAAAGUG